AUGGCACCAGCGGCGGGGGGAAUACCAGCUACGCCGUUGUUCUUCAUCUCGACGAAGGGCAACCCACUUAAUGAGUCGCGAGCGAGCCAUCGUCUUGCCGAGAUGGGUAAGAAGGUGGCUCCCGAGCUAAAGGGAACACUCAAAAGUUCGAGAAUUAAAAAGAGCAUUGUCAAUUUGUCAGCCUACAACGUGAGAAGGCUGACGCUUCAGUGUCAGAGGAACAAUUAGCAAACCAAAUGGGCCACUCCGUGACGACGGAUCAACGUUAUUAGGCAGAUUUAGAUCGCAGACGUCAAAGACGACGUGAAAAUGGCGUGGCAUAUCCAUACAUGGUCACAACACGCCAUUUUCACCUCGUUCUUUGACGUCCGCGAUCUAAAUCUGUCUAUUACCACAUCGAAAACGAACUGGAGGCAGACGCCAGGGUGGCGACUUUCAUUGAACAGCUCACACAAAGAAAGUCGCCACCACGGGUGGACGUGCUAACUGAAGACAACGAAGAGGACGAUGCUGGUGAGGAAGACGCCAAUAACGAAUAGGAAGAUGCUGGUGAGGAAGAUGCUGGCGAGGAAGAUGCUGGUGAGGAAGAUGCUGGUGAGGAAGAUGCUGGUGAGGAAGAUGCUGGUGAGGAAGAUGCUGGUGAGGAAGAUGCUGGUGAGGAAGAUGCUGGUGAGGAAGACGACGAUGUUGGUCAGGAAGAUGCAGACAACGAAGAGGAAGGUGCUGGUGAGGAAGGUGCUGGUGAGGAAGGUGCUGGUGAGGAAGAUGCUGGUGAGGAAGAUGCUGGUAAGGAAGAUGCUGGUGAGGAAGAUGCUGGUGAGGAAGAUGCUGGUGAGGAAGAUGCUGGUGAGGAAGAUGCAGACAACGAAGAGGGCGAUACUGGCGAGGAAGACGCAGGAGCCGACAAAUCGGAAGAAAUCAAAGACCCUAACCCUAACACAAUAGAAGAACAACCCAAUACACGGGAAGAAACCGAACAACCUGACGCACAGGAAGAUGACAACGAAAGAAAGACCUCAAUCUGUCUGAGAAGGCGGAACAAGUUUUGUCUUCUAUUUUAUUUAUUUUAUUUUACAGAUUUUGCCAUUGAACACAAUACACUAUAUUACAUAAAAUUAAUUACAAAAUAG